GAUAAACACUUGGAUGUUAUAUCCAACAGACAAGACAGAACAAUGGCAGGUUUGAUUGAGAUUGUUGUUGCCUUAGUGGUCGGUUAUGGAAUUUGGAUUAUUGUCCCAGCUGUAUGGCGGUAUUACAAAUACUGUCAACUGAUAAAACCAUUUGGGAUUUUGAGAGAAACUCACUGGUUUUGGGGACACCUUAAAACUAUGGACUUUACGAAAUCCCUUAUAGAAAUUUUUGCUUCAAUGAUGGAGACAGCCAAAGGCAAAAUGACAGUGGAAUGGCUCUCGCUUAUACCGCAAGUGCAGGCUAUACAUCCGGAUACUGCCGCUAUCGUCCUUAAGUUAUCGGAACCAAAACCAAAGGGCGAAGGCGAGCCAUACAGUCUCUUUACACCAUUUCUAGGUGAUGGCUUAAUUGUUAGCAGUGGUUCAAAAUGGGAACGAAACCGGAGGUUGCUCACACCUGCGUUUCAUUUCGAUGUAUUGCGCCCCUAUGUGAAUAUAUACAAUGAAGCUGCAGAUAUUUUAUUGGACAAAUAUGCAAAACAUAUGUCUGAGAGUCCGAACAGCAUAGACAUCAUGGAUUCAUUAAACCUAGUAACUCUAGAUAUUAUACUUCGGUGCUCGCUGUCCUAUGAUGGUGAUAUUCAGAAAGAAGAAAAACAUUCCUACAUUGAAGCUGUACAUGAGAUAUCUAGACUUACCAUGGAGCGAAUCAGGAAGCCGUGGUACUUUCUAUGGUGGAAGCUGUACAUGAUGUCAAACGACGGCAAAGAGUAUAUGAAGCAUGUCAAGUACAUGCAUAGCUUUGCCGACGAAAUAAUCGCGAAAAGGAGAAAAGAAAUAGCAGAUGACCCGUCGGUACUCCAGAAAAAACGAAAGUUGGAUUUUCUUGAUAUCAUAAUAACAGCUAGAGAUGAAUCCGGAUCAGGACUAACGGACGAAGAAAUCCGAGACGAGGUCAACACUUUUAUGUUUGCAGGGCAUGACACUACUAAAGCAGUUCUGGGAUGGGCCAUAUACAACAUGGGAAAAUAUCCAGAGGAACAAGAAAAGCUUUAUCAGGAAGUUUGUGACGUCACAGGAGACCGGACAAAUAUAGAAGGGGAAGAUCUCGGUAAAUUACCAAAGAUGUCGAUGUUUUUGAAGGAGACUUUGAGGAUGUAUCCACCGGCAGCUUCAACUAAUCGUUCUCUGACAGAGCCACUGGAAAUUGAGGGAGUGACGCUUCCAAUCGGAAGUUUAAUUUUUGUCAACAUUUAUGCUAUUCACUAUCGGCCUGAUGUUUUCCCUAACCCAAGAGAAUUUCGCCCAGAACGAUUUUUACCAGAAAAUACAGAAAACAGACACCCUUAUGCUUACAUUCCUUUCUCAGCCGGACCAAGGAAUUGCAUCGGAAAAAACUUCUCGACAAACGAACAGAAAGUAAUACUGGGUAGAAUUCUAAAAAGGUUUAAAAUAGUGUUGGAUGAUGAUCACGAGGUCGUCCCUAUACCAUUGUUCAUAGUCCAGUCCAGAGACGGAAUCAAAGUCCGUUUUGAGGAGAGACGAUAAUUGUAUUUUGACAAAGAGCUCUACUUUUUGACAUCUAUUCUCUGCCUUGGGCUACUUACCAGCUGUUACUUUAUCUAGCAAAGACAUUUAGGUUACUUUUUGCUUUGUAUUAUCAGCUUACAAUAAUGUAUGAAAUAGACAGAUAAACAAUUUUGAAUAUUUAAGA